CUCUUACAAGAAAUAACGCUUAUAAAUAACUAUUAAACAUGAUGAAUGUAGACGCGGUGCUGUGCCUCGUAACAAUUUUCAUAACCUCAACCACCAAUGAAAAACGUAUGUUAAUUAAUUAUUAUUCCCUCGUUAAAACUGAAAUGAAUUCUAGUCUAAUAUAAAUUUUUUACAGUUCACAAUGCUUCUCGAACAGAUUUCUCAAGAUGUAAAUUGACAAAUCUUGGUACAGAAUAUAUGGGUUCCACAAUGACAACAGCCGGUGGUGUUCGCUGUCAAUUGUGGCAGUCCGAGCAACCCUUGCAUAAAGUGAAAAAAAAAUAACUUUGACCACAUAAAGAAUUUUUGUUCAACACAACCGAUCAUAUUCAAUAUCAAACCUUGUAAUUUAUUAUUAACCUUAGGUCAGUCCUGACAUAAAGGACAUUGAUUUUCCUGAGAGGUCAAUGAGGCUUGCCAAAAAUUAUUGUAGAAAUCCUACGAGAGAUUCUAGGGGUCCAUGGUGUUACACCAUGGAACGCACGCUUAUAGACGACGAGUGUGACGUGCCCCUGUGCAACUAUGGUGGUAAUGCGCCAAUUAAAGAGGAUAUAUAAUAUUAAUUAAGUACUCGAAAAGCAAAAGGAACAUUGAAUUUAUAGAAUGCAGAAUAUCUGGUACGGGAGCCGAGUAUGGCGGUGGUCAUAAAACUGGUUCCUCUGGAAAGAAAUGUAAAUCUUGGGACAGGCAUCACAGGCUCGCCGAUGGUAAAGUACGAGAAUGAACAUUGCGAAUGGUACGAAACAUAUUUUAUGCUUUAAAUCGAUUAAUCGUAGACGAGCAAGUAUCCCAAGAAUCGAUUUAGUGACCUAUCGCGAGAGAAGGCGAAAAACUUUUGUCGAAAUCCUGACGAUGACCUGGGUGGUCCCUGGUGUUACACGGAGGAUGAAAAUUAUGAAAUUGUUAAAAAGGAAUAUUGUGAUGUUCCAUUUUGCGACGAUAAAGGUAGCACCUGUUGACGUGUAUUAUGAAUAAUUAAAUUAAUAUAUUUUAUAUUAAUUCAUUAUAUAUAUAUAUAUAGAUUGCCUGGCGUACAUAAGAAAUGCUUCGGUAUACUCGACAAUAACAAAUUUGAAUUCAACUCUGGGUAAUAUAACUUUUUGGAUUAAACUUUGGAAUCCGAUGGACGAGCAAAAAGUAUUUUUAAUUAUUUUCAAAAUCUAUAUAUCUUUGUCACAUUAAAAAAUAAUUUAUAGGCUGAAAUCAGACUGCUACUUGGUCUUCUACCAAUUCCUACCACUUCAAAAAAAAUUGCCCAAGAAUGGUGGUCCGGAGUUGAGAUAGUAAUAUCGAAUUCGGGCAGCGGUCAAAUUUAUCCAAACACAGAUGUCAGUAGUAAGAAUUAAUUUUUACGAAACAUCAAAAACCACGUAAAUUACAUAUUUUAUGUACAGAAUGAACAAGAUCUCGAAAGUACCCCGAAUAUUAUACUUGGCUCAAAAUGGACGGGUUUGUGGAUCACGUGGGGAGGUGGAUUCAUGUCUGUGGGUCUUUAUGAUUCGUCCAAACCUCUUUUUAUGGGCGAAUACAAAAAGAAAAAAACAAUCUCACAAAUGUAUCCAGAAAAUUUCUUUUACUAUGGUAUUGUCGGUACAGGAGUAUUAUGGAGCACAGAUUUUUGUGAAGACUCUUGCGAACUACACACAACUUUUGGAAUGGAGUUUUUAAGAGUAUGGCCUCUCGAAAUAUCUAAUAGCACGUUUGAUCUCAAAUUUUAUGUUCGUGCUUCACAUGGAAUUGCCAUAAGGUUAUAUCAAAGCCCUGGUGCACCAUUUCCUUGCUUCACAAUGCUCAUAGGUCAUGACAACGUAACAAUGUUAAUCUACCAGGAAAACGAAAAAUCUGGGAAACAGUACUUAAAGGAUGUACCUAGCAAAAACGUUCUCGACUUUUGGACUUGGAAUGAAUUUACAAUUAGCAUUUUUGGUACUGAUUUGAGGUUAUUUGUACAAAGACUUCAUGGUAACGAGGAAUUACUUUACGCUAAGCAUCAUCUAUUCAAUACCUUAAGAUGGUACAGUACUGGAAGCAAAGAUACCAUAGCGCACUGGACUUUUUAUUGUUCUCCAGAGGAAUCCGAUGCAGUGGAAAAACCAUGGCCGCCUAAUUGCAUCACUAAUCCUACUGAUUACACAUACAAAGGAUCGCAAUGGACAGCUGCUGAUAAUAUUCCUUGCAUUCCUUGGACAGCUAAUGAGAUACCCAAGGAAGAAAAAAAAGACGAUCUUUUUAUGGACGGCUCUGCUGUCAAGGCAUUAAAUAAAUGUAGAAAUCCCACCCAUGACUCCGUUGGUCCUUACUGCUAUUCACUAUCCACCGAUCAAACAAUAACCAAGCAAUAUUGUCAAAUUCGAAAUUGCAGAUCAUCCGAAUGUCGUAUGGCAGGAACAGCCAAUGAUUAUAUCGGGACCUUAUCAGUUACUAGGUCAGGAAGAACCUGCGCCAAAUGGAUGAGUGAUUAUGAUUUGGAAAAACUAAAAAAAGCUAACGAAACGACUACUCAAAGAAAUGAUAAAAAUCCUACAGAAAGAAUUGUUCAACCUGUAACUAGCAAUAUAAACAAACCAGUGCACGCAGUUAAUCCUGUCUACUUUAACGACAGUUUGUAUCCAGAACGUAACGUAAUCAAUGCCAGUAAUUACUGUCGUGACCCGUCGCGCAAUAUUGCCGGUACUUGGUGUUACACGACGGAUCCAUUAGUACCGCAGGAUCUUUGCAACGUUCGCGAUUGCGAGAAACCCGAGGAAUGUAUAUUCUUCGUACGUGGCCACGGGAUCGGUAGGCAUUUAUACGUUUUGCCGGAGCAUCGUUCCGAGGGUAUACGCUUUUCAUUAAAGGAAUGGGAACCAGAUCGACCGGAUUCAAUAACAUUUGUAUUUAAAGCAGACAACGGUUUAAAAUCGCGAUACAUACUGAAAGUCGGUGCUAUCAAGAAUGAGAGAGUACUGCUAUACGUUGAGUCCGAAGAUCAAGGUAUAAAAUUAGUAAAGACUAAAACCUUGCCGCACUUACUGUAUCUGGGAAAGUGGAGCAGUUUUGUUAUCCGUAUUCCUCGUGGUCGAGUCCAAGUUUUCUAUGAAGGAGCAGCUAAGCCGCUGUUUGAAUGGGAACAUCCCGAGCCGUCCAAAGCUUUUUUACCAAUAUAUUAUUAUUAUACCAGUGAACUGGGCAACACUAUUGGUGUUUCCUUUGAUUGUCACACAAGAUGUCAUAUAGAAACUACAGAGACUGACAGAUUCACGAGAAUAUUGCCAUUGUCAAUGUGGAGAACGGAGGAAACACCUUCUCCUGACAAGUUAAUAUUAAUGAUACGUGGAAAAGGUGUAAUUCUAAUUCCAUUACUCUUGCUGCCAGCCACAUCAGGUUAUUACGGACUGACUAUAGGGGAAUUCGGCCAAUGGAUAUUCUUUCUAAGAAAUACAUAUCCCCUGGUUCAUAUUUUUCAUAAACAAAAGGCACCGGGACCUUUAUUCACUACAGACUCGUGGACCAACAUAACCAUAAGGUGGCAUAAUAACACUAUAGAGGUGCUGCGCAACGAAACUGUAGUCUUUCACUAUGAGCACACGUCGCCCUUAUUAUUUUAUUUCUUCUCCCUAGCUGUCGAUACUGGAGGCUGGGCUACUUGGGCUGCAAAUUGCAUACCCUCAGACAUAGACGGCGACGCCGAAGAUGGUGGCUGGUCUGAAUGGGGACCAUGGGCGUGCAGUGCAAGCUGCAAUGGCGGUAUGGGAACGAGAAAACGACUUUGUAAUUCUCCUGAGCCUAAUGUAAGAGGCGAACCUUGUCUGGGACCUAGUAUCAUGACUGGACGUUGUAACAUGAACAUUUGUGGAGACAUAACGGACGAUACACUGGCCUUGAUCACUCGUAAAAUUCAGAAAAGUCACACGACCCUUCAAGUCAACGAAGGGCACGCCAUUACUAUCAGUGUCGAUCCUGAUAUUAUCGAUUCCAUAAAAACGGAUUCAUCGGACGUAGAGUUGCAUUGGUCACGUAAUGGUAUAUUCAUACAGGAGGAAAAGGACAGAUUAGAAAUAGAAGAUUUUGAUAUCCGAAAGCGAGUUUGGAAAGAUUAUGGGACGACUUUGCCGAUAGCCGUUAACGUCGAUUACAUCGAUGCGCUCAAUAGAUCGCAUCAAGGAACGUGGCGAUGCGUCGUAGAACAAAAUGAUCUUGAGUUCAAAUGGAUAACAAAUAUAGUAAUUCUUAAAGUACUUGGAGCACCAAAUUGGCGCACCCAUUUAAUGGAGGAUAAAUUAACGAGACCUAUAUUUGGUUGGAUGCCAAACGAGAGUUUCGUGGCCGUUUCUGCCAUUAUACUUUUCUUGGCACUGUCAAUGUGCAUAGUUGGCGCCACCGUAGGAUUUAUCAAGUUCCAAGAUUCUUUGAAGUUCAAGGAAGCCACGAUCGGUAGUAACCUGGAAAGUGGAAAAACUUCAUUUAUGACAAGAUUCAAAAAGGGAUUGAAAACAAGUUCAUUGAGAACGUCAGGAAGAGUUUCAGAAAGCAAUGAGAAUACCGAAACAGAUGAUUUGCUCCAUGGAAGAAAUAAAAGACCGAAAGAAAAAGGUCGUAGGAAUACCGAAGAAUAUACAGAAGAUACCAGUCCGUCGGACAGUGAAGGAGUGCCGAAAGAAUCGUUGAAGACUCAAAAUUUCUUAGAUAGAUGGAAGCUGAAGAAGCGGGAGAAAAAAGUCCCUAGAACAAAAGAAGUCACCGACGAGUCAGAAAGAGAAAAAUUACUAAAUACAAAUAAUACAGACGAGUAUCAGAGCGAUCAACCGACAACAAAUUAAAUAUCUUGCUUUAUUAGUAUCAUCAAAGUAUUGUUUGUUUCUCGGUUCUGGAAAAGCCACGACACAGAAGACCGUCUUAUUGUUAAUCGGAGAAACAGGCGAGUGUCGUAAAAAGCUGCGUUAAAUCGAGAGACGAUCACCUCCCGGAGGAGUAACCGUGGGAGUCGACUCCGCUAUAAGGACUCGACAAGGAGCUAAGAGAGCAGCGAGAAUUGCUGAAGGGGCAGGAGAGAAGUGCGAAGGGAGGAAGCGGGGAUGGUAGAGGAGGGAAGGAGGGAGUAGCAAGGUGUAAGGAAUACGCGGGCGUGUACGAAGCGUGGCUGUAUACGAAGUACGAGUUCUCCACACGUUCUGUACUCACGUGUGCGGCAAAAGAGGAGGAGAAGCCAAGCAAAACUUCUUUACUGCCACGUACGAGUAUCCAGCUCGUUCGCGAAGUGAGUUGGAUUCUCGUAGCAGGUUGGCAGGAGAUUGGUAGGGAAG